UGGUCCUAGUCAAUGGCGAAAUCUCAAGUCCUUUCACGCUCACACGAUCACUUAGACAAGGUUGCCCUCUCGCCCCCAUGCUGUUCGUCAUACAGAUGGAGGUCUUGUUGUCAAUGAUUAGAAAACACCCAGACAUUCGCGGCCUUCGCCUGCCCAAUGGGCAGGAGUGCAAGGUGUCGGCUCUAUUCGCUCUAUCUACCAACACCAAAGAGUCAUUAGGCGCGCUUAAAUGCUGCGCGGUGUUUAAUUGGGCGGAGCCAGCACCCGAGGCUGAAGGCGGUGAGGUCCAGGAUGACGAGGUGGAGUUGUUGAUCGUGCAGGCUUGGCGGACGAGUACGGAGGGAGAAUUGCUGGGAAUACUGUUCGGCAAGGUGGAGGAAGGUCACCUGGACGCAAUCACGGACGAGUUGUUGGUGUUCUUGGCGGAGCUAGAGGACAAUUUGCCCCUCGAUAUCCUGUCAAGAAGUGACGAGAAGUCGGGGACUGACGUGCUCCCUCGCACGCUUGCACUACAUUUGUUGUGGUCCAUGUGUACGGAGAUGGACGGAGAUAACUGCUUUUAUCCAUCCCCGAGCCUCUAUCUCGAGAUUGACGUCACCAAUCUCACAUGGCGAGGGAACGCAAUAGAAGCCGGUUACGAAGACGAAGAGGAAGAAGAGGGAGAGGAGUCAGAGGAAGAGGAAGCGGGCACGGAUCAGGACGAUCCCGAUUACAGUGGGUCAGAGGAGGAAGAAGGAAGUGGAUCGGAGGAACCGAGCAGCCAUCCCCCACGAAGCAAGGAAGAGGAGGAAGUUGAAGCUCAACGAAGGCGGGAGAAAGCGGAGGGCAAACGACUGAUCGAGGAAUCUGAAAGGCUGCCACCACAGUUACUGCUGGGCGAUUCAUCGCUGAAUCCGGAGCCGCCGCGCGAAGAAUCUGACGGAGCCGCAAUGGAGGGGUCAGAAAGCAGGCGCCGCCGAAGAAGCGAGUCACCGACUUCGUCAUCCCAAACCACUCUUCGCCUUCGUAGAACUACGGGCGAUCGGGCUUCGUCCCCGGUCGUUAUCCGACCGUCCCCUUGACUUCCUAACCCCUCACCAACUCAUGGGUCGACCCCCGU